CGGGUCCACCUGGCUGCCAGACCUGACGCGUCCGAGAUAUCCCAUCCAGGAAGAAAUGCUUCUCAUGCAGUAGUCGCACCAGGAAAUCAAGUGGCACAGGGAAAAGGGCGUGGGCCAGGACAUCCUAGAGUUCAAGGCCAGACGCAUCGGUCGCGUGCUGGCCUGCUGUUCUUUGCCGGAUACGACAGCUGACAUCAUCGACAAGUUCGCGUACAUGCUGCAGAAGGUUGCGCGCACGGAAGGAGAGACUAAGGGGACGUCGAGAGCCCAGAAACAUGGAUCGACUGCGCGUCAGAAUAUGUGCGAGACUUACGCUGAUUUCGAGACCGUCUUGUCAAUGGUCACAUCAAAGUCAUCUCUGCUGUCGAUACUAAUCGAUCCUCCAAUGAAGAGUUACGAUGCUCGGCUGUUCGACUACCUGGAAAACCCCGGAGAAGAUUUGUGGUCGGAUCUCCAAGCAGCAGUACGGCGCGCGCCCGAUGCGCAUACUCCACGAUCAAGGGGCACGCUACGGCGUGCCGAGACAGUGGCUGAGGCCUUACGAGGCAAGUCGCUCAUCGUGCUCGAUGACGGUCGGUUCGGCAUGUGUGCCGACAGAGUAAGCGUUGGCGAUGUGGUGUUCCCAGCUGAUGCGUUCCGCUACUGCUUGGUCCUUCGGCCUGCGGACACGGGCAGGUUGAGAGGCGAGACCAGCAACAGAGUCAAUGAUGGACAAGGGCACCUGGCCCACAUUGGAAGUUGGUACCAUUUUGUGGAUUGCCCGCCAAUGAUACAAGGGUUAAUUGGCGCAGUAAUUUACGAGCGGGGUUCCUUCGACGGGUUGCGUGAGAUGGUUUACGAAACCAUUCGUUUAAUCUGAUAGAGUCUGCUAAUUAAUAGCACGACGGGAUUUGCAAGCAGGGAUUCUCGACGAGGGAGAAGCGUCGAGCCCUUAUCGACUGUGAACCCUCAGACUCGGCGCAAUCUUUGGGCUAUCGUGCAAGUCUUGUGUCGUGUACAAACAUAUUAUUAUUUCUUCACUUGGUGGGGACACAAAUGAUG